AUGUCUACCUCCUACAAACGACAUCUGUGCACGCAAAACCUUGGCCCACGAGGGUGGGUGCAAGGUAUCAAUCUUGUCUCUGAACGAACGGGCAAGACUGUAGCCCAUUAUUUUGGCGGCGUGCGAUACGCCCAACCGCCGAUCGGCCAUCUUCGAUUCCGCAGAACGCGGCCUUUGGCUCCAGAUUUUCGCUACGGAAGUGAAGAAUCACCAUGCCCCUGCACGCAAGGAUGCCGUAUCUGUCCUCAGCCGGAUUGGCCUGAUGUUUUGACUCCCACGGACCCACAUCAGUGGAGCGAAGAUUGCUUAGGUGCAAAUAUCUGGGUGCCCUCAGGAGCACCGCCUCCCGAAGGUUGGCCGGUGCUCUUUUACAUCCAUGGCGGAUUUCUGCAAUUUGGAAGCCCAAAUAAGGCUGCGGACGUAGUGGCAAGAAUGUACGAUGAAACAACAUUCAAGGCAAUUGUUGUGAUGCCCGGAUACCGCCUCAACCUCUUUGGGUUCCUGGCAAGCCAGGAGCUCCAGCUGGAAGCACAGGGAGACGGUGAGAACGCCGGGAACAUGGGUUUCUGGGACCAAAGGACUGCAAUUGAAUGGACUGCAAGCAUGAUUUCGUUCUUUGGCGGAAACCGUGAGAAUAUCACUGUUGCAGGAUACUCUGCCGGGGCUCACUCUGUUUUCCACCAACUCUCACAUGACUUGUACUUACCAAGUUCCCGUUCGAUAAUCAAAAGAGCCAUUAUGUGGUCAAAUGGUCCUGGGACACAACCAAAAAGGGUUGAUCAACACCAAAUGGCAUUUGACGAGCUCUUGUCAAAGCUUCGGAUUCAUGCAUCGACAUCGAGCUAUGAUAAGCUAGAUCGAUUACGCGCCGUGCCAGCUGCUGAACUGAUCAAUGCCUUAGAUUCGAUGAACCACUCACAGUUUCGAGGCUGCUCGGAGGACGACUUCGUCAACGCAAGCUUGAUUGCCAACAUCAAUACUGGAGACUAUGGACGAAGGAUGAAACAGCGGGGAGUCAAGCUGUUCAUCGGAGAGUGCCGUGAUGAACAUAAUCUCUAUCGUGCUUGGAAAACGCCGAAGAACUCAUGGAAAGCAGUCUAUGACCGACUUCUGGAGGACUAUCCAGUGGAGGCAGUUGACAGCACCAUGAGACUGUAUGCUCCUAACAAGAAGCUGCCUAGAGACUGUCUAGAUUGGAUCGUUCUCUUUGGCAAAAUCUAUGCAGACCUUCAAGUUCACUGCCUCGAGCGAGGCUUGAUCAAGAAGCUGUCAGAUGCUGGACUGGUCGUUGGAAAAGACAUCCUCAGAUAUCGGGUCGAAUUCAGAGUCGACUGUGCCGAUAGCGCGUGGCCACCGGAGUGGGAGGUUACGCAUGCCACCGACGAGGGUUUCUGGUGGUGGGGGAAUGGAUGGGGCAACGGGCUUACAGCAGCCGAAAAACGUUUCGUCACUCCUUUGUACGAAGCAUUUACGCGUUUUGUAGCGGGAGAUAGCGUGGAAUGGGAAAAGAUAGGGGUGAAGUACUCUCGAAGAUUGACAGCUGAAGGCACCACGGAUAUUUGGGAGGACACGCGUUGGGAGGAAGCUCAAAGUGUGUGGAAGGCGGUCAAUUCGGCACCAUUGAGUUCUGUGUCGAGCAAGUUGUGA